ACACCUGAGUCACGGAGCUGGGAACCAGCAGAUGGCAGCAAUUCCGCCCCCAAUGGCCUUGACCUACCAUCCCCAGCAGGCAGCACGGGCUGGGCAGCGGCUGGGAGUUACCCGCUGCAGCGCGUUUUCCCCAGUGCGUUCCGUUCCGGCCGCAAAUAUCCCGUUCAAAACAGCUAUAUCGCCGAGCCCGAAAAUGAAGUUGAAAGAAAUUGAACGAUCUGCAGUUCAAGUUUGGAGCCCUGCAAAUGAACACCCAAUUUACUUAGCAACAGGUACAUCUGCACAGCAGCUAGAUGCAUCCUUCAACACAAAUGCAGCCCUUGAAAUUUUUGAGGUGGAUUUUGGGGAUCCGUACCCUGAUAUGAAAAGAAGAGGCAUUUAUCCUGUGUCCAGCAGAUUCCACAAGAUCGUCUGGGGUAGACAUGGAGGUGGCUUAGAUGGCUCACUGGGUAUGAUCGUUGGUGGUGGAGAUAAUGGAACAAUUACAUUGUACAGUGCUUCUCAGAUCCUUGAAUCGGGGAAAGACCCAGUGAUCGGAAAGAAUGACAAACACUCUGGCCCUGUCCGGGCUCUCGACUUAAACCCGUUUCAGUGUAACCUCCUUGCUUCUGGUGCAAAUGAUUCUGAAGUAUUUAUAUGGGACCUGAAUAAUUUUGCUGUGCCAAUGACCCCUGGCGCAAAAUCCCAGCCUGUAGAAGACAUCAGCGCCAUUUCGUGGAACAGACAGGUCCAGCAUAUCUUAUCCUCUGCACAUCCAAGUGGUAAGGCCGUGGUUUGGGAUUUACGCAAAAAUGAACCAGUCAUUAAAGUCAGUGACCACAGCAACAGGAUGCGCUGUUCGGGGAUGAUGUGGCACCCAGAGAUUCCCACCCAGCUUGUGCUUUCCUCUGAAGAUGAUCGUUUACCCGUCAUUCAACUCUGGGACCUACGAUUUGCUAGCUCUCCAUUAAAAGUACUGGAGAAUCACGCAAGGGGAAUUUUAUCUAUUUCUUGGAGCAAUGAUGACCCAGAAUUGCUUCUCAGUAGUGCCAAAGACAACCGGAUUUUAUGUUGGAACCCAAGCACAAGUGAAGUGGUUUAUGAACUUCCAACAAAAAACCAGUGGUGCUUUGAUGUCCAGUGGUGUCCCCGCAAUCCCUCUGUGUUCUCCACUGCCUCUUUUGACGGCUGGAUCAGUGUUUACACAGUCAUGGGUGGCAGCCUCGAGGCUCAGCAAAAGAAUCAGGCUGAUAAGAUCUCCUCCUCCUUUAAUAGUUUGGACCCAUUUGGCACAGGACAACCCCUACCUCCAUUGCAAGUACCACAGCAGAUUGCUCAGACCACUAUAAUUCCUCCUUUGAAAAAGCCUCCACGGUGGAUACGUAGGCCAGUGGGAGUCUCUUUUGCAUUUGGGGGGAAGCUAGUUUCUUUUGACUGCCCAAAAAUCCCUGUACAACCAACACAAGAGCCUACCCGCCGCCAGGUCUACAUCAGCCAGGUUACAACAGACAAGGAAUUUUUGGCACGUUCAACUGAGCUACAAGCAGCUUUGAUGUCUGGAAACCUCCUGAGUUACUGUCAGAAUAAAGUGCAGGCUUCUCCACCAGGGUUUGACAAGAAUGUCUGGAGCUUCUUGAAGGUUAACUUUGAACAGGAUGCUAGAGAGAAAUUUCUAAAGCUGCUUGGAUACAGCAAGGGGGAGCUGGAUAAAAAGAUAUCCAAGGCUAUAGGAGAUGGGUGGCAAAACAAGAGUAGUCCUUCAGAAGCGGAGGAUCUGGUUCCAAGUAUCCAAUCAGUGUCUACCCAGUUGUCCAGUAGCUUCACAGGACAGACCAUGUCCUCCUCCUCUUCUGCGGAGCUUUUUAACCUACCUCUUCAGGAUUUAGCCAAGCUUGAGAUUCCAGUAACUUCAGACACAGAUGGGCUAAUAAGUCAGGCACUUUUGUUGGGAAAUUUCGAAGCUGCUGUGGAUUUGUGUCUGAAAGACGGACGCUUUGCUGAUGCCAUCAUAUUGGCCAAUGCUGGAGGCGAAGACCUACUGAGAGAAACACAACAGUGGUACUUUGCUCAGCAGAAAAAUAAGAUUACGUCACUCCUCUCGUCUGUGGUUCAGCAGAAGUGGAAGGACAUUGUUCUCAACUGUAACUUGCAGAGCUGGAAGGAAGCCCUGGCUUUCCUCCUUACAUACUCAAAGCCAGAGGAGUUCUCUGAACUGUGUGAUGCUCUCGGAAGUCGUUUGGAGUCAGAAGGAGAUGGAAAGCUGUCUUCCCAGGCCUGUCUUUGUUAUAUAUCCUCAGGAAACGUAGACAAGCUUGUUCAGUGUUGGGUGAAUAACCAUGAAAUGUCAAACCCACUUGCACUGCAGGAUCUGAUAGAAAAAGCAAUGGUGUUAAGAAAGUCAAUUGAGAUUCUUCGGGGGGCAGAGAUGCCACCACAAGGCCCUGCAUUAUCUGAGAAGGUGGCUCAAUACGCUAGUCUGUUGGCUUCCCAGGGGAACCUAACCGCUGCAAUGACUUACUUGCCUGUUGAUUCCAAAGAGCGUUCCAUUUGUCUAUUGCGAGAUCGCCUGCUGAACGCCCAGGGAGAUGCUAUGACUUCUCACCCGUCUGCCUCCAAGAUGUUUAGUAAUCAACCAUCCUCCACGCCAAAGGACAGCAAAGCCCCAGAGGAAGUCCGGUAUAAAGAGGACAGUAGACGGGCUUUGUCCCAAAAUCCAGCUAGCAUUGGAAUUCCUUUUUAUCCACCAGUGCCUUCAGUAUUUACUCCUCAGCCAGGACCCACCUCGAUGGGGCCUCCUCCGACCAUCCCAGUCCAGACUGCUCCUGGCCUGCCUUCUAAUGCGUACCCCAGGGCAGGAGCUUGGCAGCCUUACUCAGUCCCACAGCCAACUAUGCAAGGAUUUGCACAACAGCUAUCUUUCAAGCCAACUCAUCAGGUCCCACCUACUGCUGCGUUUGCACCAUCCCCUGGGUUGGGUCAAAUACCUUCCACUAGCCCUAUGAAUGUACCGGCAGUUCCUAAUCUUCAAGGACCUAUGAUGUUCCCUGCGGCCUCCAUCCUUCCUUCGCACACCUCGGUCAGCCAGUCAAGAGCACCGACUUCGGUUAGUCAGCCUCCCACUCCUCCCUUAAUGAACACAUCGCAACCGCCUCUUAACUAUCCAAUUGGCAGUGGAUUUUACCAAGGUGGACCUGGAGCCCCUGCUACUAUACCACCACCCCCAACCAGAUGUCUUCCAUGGCUUGAGAAUCGGCAAGCUUCAGAAGCAGCUGCACAGGAAGGUUGGACUGAUUCCCUCUCCAUUAAAGCAGGUGUACCAAGGAAAAAGCCAACACAGUUCAUUCCACUGGCCCCAAUCACUGCUCCAGUGAUGAAUCUUCCUGAUGAAAGACAAACUUUUCAGCACCAACUGGGAAGCCAAGAUCCACAUCAGGCUCCUCUAGGUGUUCCAAAGGAAGCUAUUGUACAGGGGAUACAACGAUUGCCAGUAGAGAAAAUAGAGAAGAAGGAGUUGCCUUUGGCACAUAAGCCAUUGCAGAACACAUUUGAUGGCCUGGUGCAACGAUGUUCUGCAGUACCGUCAGACCCUAAAACCAAAAGGAAGUUGGAAGAUGCUCCCCAGAAGCUGGAAUGUCUGUAUGACAAGCUGAGAGAAAACACUCUAUCCCCUCAUAUUGUGACAGGGCUUCAUGAAAUUGCCCGCUGUAUGGAAACGCGCAAUUACCAGCAUGGUUUAGUUUUACACACACAGGUUGUCGGCAGCAGCAACUUCAGUGAAGUCUCUGGAUUCAUGCCCAUCUUGAAAGUCCUUAUGACUAUUGCUAACAAGUUGAACGUGUAGCACCAAAAAUUGAGGACUAUGGUGAGGAGUACACUUUAAAUUUCCCCCACCCUUUGAAGAACUGGGUGCAAAUUCCUGCUGUAUGUGAUUUUUCUUCCACGUAUGGACUAUAUUAUACAAAGUAUUGUGGACGUUUAAAACUUGAUUUACCAUUGUUAACAUGACCUUGGAUUUUUGUUGUGCCAUUGACCUAAAAAGACAUGGUUUCUCAAAAAAAAAAUGUUGAUAAGAAAAUCAGACAUUCUUUUUGCUAUUUCUGAAGAAAGCCAAAAGGAACGUUUUGGGUUAUUUUGUGUUUAAAGAAAAACAAAAUCUGCUGAGCCCAGACUCAGAGAUGCCCUGGUGACACGAACGGUCUCCAAAAUCCAAGAGUGCUGUGCAGUUUGUGUAUUGCAUUUUUUUUGUUUUACAUAUGUAUACAAUACAUUAUACCCUGCCUGCGUGUAAAGGUCCACCAAGGCAUACAACCAUCGAGCUAUGCAAGGCGUGGGGUAAAGAAUGCCAGUGUGUUUUGGGAUGUCAAAGCACUUGUGCUCCCAACAACAUGUGUUUGUAUUGCCUAAGCGUCCUCAGUUAAGAACGUGUCUUAAAUUGCAUAAUUAAAAAUCUUUCUUUUUCUUUGUAAAUAUUUUUCGUAGAAAUGCAUACAGCUAGGUCUGUUUACACACAUAUAUCAGAUGAAUUUCUAUAUAACGCUCUCUCUCGUUGAGUGAUAGGAUGAAAUACAUUAUUUAUACGUUGUUGCGCUAUAUAGUUUUGAUGUAUCCCAUUCUUAUGGUUUUGGUUUCAAUUUGUGUGAUUGUGAUUUGUUUCUUACCAUAAUGCAGAUAUAGAAUUCCUGUUUGACAUUAAAGACAUUCUAACGACAUUAA